UUCUACCUUAGUGAAUUUGGAUCAAAGGUUAUUCCACCCAAACGGAUUUUAAAGAUGCUUCCUGAACUUUUCGACCAUCAAGAUCAGAAUGUCCGUGCAUCUGCCAAAGGGGUGACUCUUGAGCUAUGCCGUUGGAUUGGAAAAGACCCUGUAAAGUCUAUAUUGUUUGAGAAAAUGAGGGAUACGAUGAAAAAAGAGCUGGACGCUGAGCUUGCCAAUGUUUCAGCGGGUGCCAAGCCUACUCGAAAGAUAAGAUCUGAGCAAGACAAGGAGCCAGAGGCAGAAGCUAGUUCCGAUGUUGUGGGCGAUGGGCCCAGUGAGGAAGCUGUUGCUGAUGCCCCCCAGGAAAUAGAUGAGUAUGAUCUUAUGGAUCCUGUGGACAUUUUGACUCCUUUGGAGAAGUCUGGUUUCUGGGACGGAGUGAAAGCUACAAAGUGGUCAGAACGUAAAGAGGCUGUUGCAGAGCUAACAAAGCUUGCUUCGACUAAAAAGAUAGCUCCUGGUGAUUUUUCAGAGAUUUGUCGAACCUUAAAGAAGCUUAUCACGGAUGUGAACUUAGCUGUUGCAGUUGAAGCUAUUCAAGCCAUUGGAAAUCUUGCACGUGGUUUAAGAACACAUUUCUCUGCUAGUUCACGGUUUAUGCUGCCUGUUUUGCUUGAAAAAUUGAAAGAGAAAAAGCAAUCACUCGCAGACCCACUUACACAAACGUUACAAACAAUGUACAAAGCUGGGUGUUUGAAUCUUGUUGACGUUAUAGAAGAUGUUAAGACAGCAGUAAAAAACAAAGUUCCACUUGUGCGUUCUGCCACUUUGAACUGGUUGACAUCCUGUCUUGAAACAACUAACAAGGCUCUUAUUCUAAAGGCACACAAAGAAUAUGUCCCUUUAUUUAUGGAGUGUCUCAACGAUGGAACUCCUGAAGUGAGGGAUGCAGCAUUUUCGGCUUUGGCUGCAAUAGCUAAGUCUGUAGGUAUGAGACCGUUGGAAAGGUCGUUGGAAAAACUUGAUGAUGUUAGAAAAAAGAAACUUUCAGAAAUGAUUGCAGCCUCUGGUGGUGGUGACUCAGCUGGUACAAGCUCAGUGACAGUUCAGUCUUCAGUUGGAAGCACGGCCGCAGGGAACUCAGAAGCUUCCUUUGUAAGGAAAUCAGCAGCAAGCAUGUUGAGCGGCAAAAGACCUGCUCCUUCUGCUCCUGCAAGCAAGAAGGUUGGGGCUGGCAAACCGGGUGGAGGCAAAAAAGAUGGUUCUGUACGGAGUGAAGGUUCAAAAUCUGUUGAACCACCUGAAGAUGUCGAGCCUGCCGAGAUGGGUCUUGAAGAGAUUGAAAACAGAUUAGGUUCUCUUGUAAAACCAGAAACUAUAUCUCAGCUAAAGAGCUCUGUAUGGAAAGAAAGACUUGAAGCAACUUUGGCUUUGAAAGAAGAGAUAGAAGGUCUACAAGAACUAGACAAGUCAGUGGAAAUCUUGGUCCGGUUGUUGUGUGCGGUUCCUGGUUGGAAUGAGAAAAAUGUGCAGGUAUCAACUUUGGCUUUGAAAGAAGAGAUAGAAGGUCUACAAGAACUAGACAAGUCAGUGGAAAUCUUGGUCCGGUUGUUGUGUGCGGUUCCUGGUUGGAAUGAGAAAAAUGUGCAGGUUCAGCAACAGGUCAUCGAAAUCAUCACUUACAUAUCUUCGACUGCGGCGAAGUUUCCUAAGAAAUGUGUCGUACUUUGUAUUACAGGCACUAGUGAACGAGUUGCAGAUAUAAAGACACGAGCUUCUGCUAUGAAAUGCCUUACAGCUUUCUGCGAGGCAGUUGGUCCUGGAUUUGUUUUCGAGAGGCUUUUCAAAAUCAUGAAAGAGCACAAGAAUCCAAAGGUUCUUAGUGAAGGCUUGUUAUGGAUGGUUUCUGCAGUUGAUGACUUUGGUGUCUCACUUUUGAAGCUUAAGGAUUUGAUAGAUUUUUGUAAGGAUGUUGGGCUGCAAUCAAGUACAGCUGCGACCAGAAAUGCUACAAUUAAACUCUUGGGUGCUUUACACAAGUUUGUUGGUCCAGACAUUAAAGGGUUUCUUAAUGAUGUCAAACCUGCACUACUAAGUGCACUUGACACCGAAUAUGAGAAAAACCCUUUCGAGGGGACUGCGGCUCCGAAGAGAGUUGUUAAGACGUCAGUUUCAACAUCAACAUCUGCUGGAGGGCUGGAUGGCUUACCUAGAGAAGAUAUCAGUAGCAAGAUUACCCCUAAUCUUCUUAAGGGCUUUGAGAGUCCUGAUUGGAAGAUGCGUUUAGAGUCAAUUGAAGGUGUCAAUAAAAUUCUGGAAGAGGCUAAUAAACGUAUCCAACCAACUGGAACUGGAGAAUUAUUUGGUGGUCUUAGAGGACGCCUGUUGGAUAGUAACAAAAAUCUUGUUAUGCAAACAUUGACUACCAUUGGAGGUGUUGCUGCAGCUAUGGGACCAGCUGUUGAGAAGGCGAGCAAGGGAAUUCUAUCGGAUGUUCUGAAAUGUCUCGGUGACAACAAGAAGCACAUGAGGGAAUGCACCUUGGCUGCUCUUGAUUCGUGGCUUGGUGCUGUGCAUCUUGACAAAAUGAUUCCUUACAUUAUAAUAGCUCUAACAGAUGGGAAAAUGGGAGCAGAAGGACGUAAAGAUCUUUUUGAUUGGUUGACAAAACAGCUUACUGGAUUAAGUGACUUUGUGGAUGCUAUACAUUUACUGAAACCUGCAAGCACCGCAAUGACGGACAAAUCAGCAGAUGUGCGAAAAGCAGCCGAAGGAUGCAUUUCUGAGAUCUUGAGAGUCAGUGGACAAGAAACUAUUGAAAAGCAUCUCAAAGAUAUCCAAGGCCCAGCUCUAGCUCUUGUGCUUGAAAAAGUAAGACCAGGAUUUGUUCAAGAACCAUUUGAAACAUCAAAAGCUAUGGGGGGGCCAGUGUCUAAAGGUGUUUCAAAGAUUUCAAAAUCAACUUCAAAUGGUACCUUGAAGCAAGGAAACAGAUCAAGAGCCGUACCAACAAAGGGCUCAAGUCUUAUUACGUCUGUCCAUGAUAUAGCUAUCCAGUCACAGGCUUUGCUAAAUACUAAGGACUCCAAUAAGGAGGACAGGGAGAGGGUGGUGGUUCGUAGAAUAAAAUUUGAGGAGCUGCGACCAGAACAGAUUCAGGAUCUUGAGAAUGAUAUGGUGAAAUUUUUUAGGGAAGACUUGCAAAAACGAUUGUUGAGCCCCGACUUCAAGAAACAAGUAGAUGGGCUGGAAAUCCUACAGAAGGCACUUCCAUCUGUUUCAAAGGAGAUAAUAGAAGUAUUAGAUAUACUUCUCAGGUGGUUUGUAUUGCAAUUCUGUAAAUCCAACACAACCUGUCUGCUAAAGGUAAAUUUUGGGGCAUAA